ACGAAAGGUUGACCUGGUCUUACAAAAUUCCCCACCUCCACUCGCACACAACUGCUUGCCGCCGGCCCACCUCAAAGCCGUUGCGGCCGCGUGUCAGACCGACGAGCACUCCGGCGGCGACUCCAACUAACCUCGUAUCCUCCCGCAGCGGCACCGUCCCGGAAGAUGCCCCCGGUGCCUGCCGCGGCGUCGUCGAGCGUCCCCAACGUGCCCCCGGAGAGCACCUCUACGGGGGGCAUGUCGUCGCCGGGCAACUCCAUGGCGCCCCUGGAGAGCACCCCUACGGCUACGGGGGCCGCGGCGUCGCCGGGAAACUCUGUGGUGCCCCCGGAGAGCAACCCUACGGCGAGUCCCCCGCCCUCUGUCACGGAGCCAGAGCGGCUUUCUUUAUCCAUCCAAGAUGAAUCCUCAACUCCCCUGCUUUCGGUCGACGUCGACGACCUGCACAAGCAUGCCAUCGAGUUCUUGGAGGAAUCGAACGGAUACCCUGUCCUCACGGAUCCUGCCGCCGGGUUCGCCAAGCUACUGGAGCUGUUCGCCGCGGCCGAGUCAAAGGCCAUGUAUGCUGGAGAUCUGAAGGCGGCCGCCUCCAUCUUGAGCAAAGCUGCCGCCGAUGGCAAGCUUCCGGUGAAUCUCGCGGGCACCGCAAAGAGGCUGGCAUCUGAGGCGACGAAACUCGCGUCCGAGGUGGAGACCAGGCAUACUAUUUCCUCUUUGGCGAGGAUUCGCUCAUGCUGCUGCCUCUCGGCGUCCCAGAUAGCGCGCUACUGGUCAUGGUGCUGCACUGAUGAGUUGCCCCUCCAUCGCAGAGACCUUGAUCGGCAGGCCUUAUUUGUUGACAAGCUCUCCGCGCUCUACUGCUUAUCGAUGCCGGCUUCGCUUGGCCUCCUUCCAUACUUGCCUGCUACGAUUCCCAAGGACCAGUCUGUGCUCAUGGCGUAUAUCUAUGGUCUGAUUUUCUCAUCGGCCUCCAUCGGGCUAGUCCUGAGCCUCCACCCGAUGAAGCGCUUUGACGUGGAGCUAGCACGUUUUGUUAGCAGGCUCAGUUUUGUGGGUCUGUCAGUGCUCGUUCUCAUAUAUGUGUACUACGCAUUGUCGCCGGGUAACUACGCUAUGCUCGGAAUUUGUUCAGGGAUACUCGCUGCUGGCCAUGGAUAUGCAUGGAUUAGGAGCUGUUGCAGCAGAGCAGAGGACCCUUCAGACGCGCCAGAGGAAGUUUCAUCUGAUCACCGCAGUGAAUGAGGCCACGGGAUUGACAUUCCUUUCCUCCUACCUGCAGCUGAAAGAUUGGUGUUCGUCACACUGUAAAUUUGAGCAAUUCUCUAGCACUUCUGUUUUGACUCCUGUGUUGUGCUGGAUCACAAGUUAUGAAUCUGUAGAUGCAUGAUGUCCAACUUGGAACCACAAGAGGACCCUUCAGACGCACCAGAGGAAGUUCCAUCUGAUCACCGCAGUGAAUGAGGCCGCGGGAUCGACACUCCUUUCCUCCUACCUGCAGCUGAAAGAUUGGUGUUCGUCAGAUUGUAAAUUUGAGCAAUUCUUUAGCACUUCUGUUUUGACUCCAAUGUUGUGCUGGAUCACAAGUUGUGAGUCUGUAGAUGCAUGAUGUCCAACUUGGAACCACAAGAAUUUGUUUCCUUUUGGAUGAUUACAGAAUGCAAACUGUUAGUACAAUUUUCUUGUGACCUGACUGCAAGUGCAGUCCACUAAUAGGGGGCUGGAACUGA